AUGACCCUCCCCCAAAACUGCGCGACGUGCGGCAAGUCCCUCGAGGACCGCCAACCGCCGACCUGCCCCCGCUGCAAGACGCUCUACUGCGGUAGCGACUGCCAGCGCGCCGACUGGAAGGCGGGUCACAAGAAAAUCUGUAAGGCCAUCGCCGAGGAGGGCGGCGCCGCGCAACGCCACGCCAAUGAGAAGGCGGCCGCGGCCGUCGCCGCGCUCUUGAAGGAGCGAGCCGCGCCCGCGAAGACGGCGUGUCGCCUCUGCAAGAAGACGACCACCGAUGAGUUCGUCGCGGUGUGGUGCGAAAAAUGUCAAACGAAGGACCGCCUCGCGCACGCCUCGUGCCUCGCGAAGUACGCCGCGCGCGUCGCGGAGGGCGUCGACGAUUUCCGCGGCUGGGAGCGGUGCAAGGGCUGCACCCAGGAGUUCACGGGCGCGGCGAAGGUCGCGGCCGCGCGACUCUGCUGGAAGGAGUACGCGAGCCGGGACGAGAGCGACCAGCUCCGGUGCUGGGCCGCGGAGGCGCUGGGGUGCGCGCUGUACGCCGACGGUCCGUAUCCGCGUCGACCCCCACACCAUCGACGCAACUCUGCGCCUCACCGGUCGACGCCAACGCAGGUCAGUACGAGGACGCGCGCGACACCUUCCUCGCCCACCUGAAGGUGAUCAAAAGCGCCGGCGUGAACUGGCAGGACACCGAGACGCCCCUCGCGAUGACCCGUGAAAAUUUGGCGAAAUGCGCGCACGCGCUCGGGCGGCUCGACGAGCUACUUGCCAUGCGACGGGAGAUGUACGCGGAGACCCAAGCGAAGCACUUCGUCACCGACCAGCGCACGAUCGACGCGGCGCUGAACCUGGCGUCGGCGUUGCUCAGCUCCGACGAGACCGAGGAGGCGCAAAAGUUCUGCCGGGAGACGCUGAGGAAGCUCAAGCGCGGCUGCCCUCCCAACGACGUUCGCGUUGUGACAUUGACGUGCGCGUUGGCACAGACGCUGUAUGAUCCCGCGGCCGAAGACCGCGACUAUCUGAUGUCAGAUGUGCAGGAGGCGGAGACGCUACUGAUGGAGGCUUUCCAGGCGUCGCGGCAGGCAUUUGGCUCGGACCAUCCCCAGACCGCGCGCGUGCGGCAGGAGCUCGACGCGGUGCGCGCGGCGCGCAAGGGCGACGCCGUCGACGGCUCGAAGCUGGAGCGGGGGCCCAUUGUCCUGGACAAGCCCAAUGACCGUGACGAGAAGACGAUAGACAGCAUAGACUAG